AGAAACCUUUCAAUUUUUAGAAAAAUUAAAUGCAAAAAGGAUGUAUUCACAAAUAAUAACUCAGCACGUUUUUCUACUUAAUUGUUAAAUGUUUCUCAAACUCAAAAAAAUUAGACGUUUAUUUAUGGAAUUCUUAGUUUAAUCAUUAUCUAUGGAAUUUAUACAUCGUAACAUUGUUGAGGGUUAAUGAGUAAAAAAAAGAAUGUAUGGAGGUACUCAGGUUGCUCGUGGUAACAGUCGCCAUAACUCAUUUAAUACACACAAGAAAUCGGGUUCUUUGAGUCAAGUUUAUAAUGGUUUUCAACAAAGUGAGUUUAGCAGUAGAGAUGAAAAGUAUGAUCCACGUUAUUCUUCAUUAAAACGCAAUGGAAGUUUAUUGGCAAAACAAAACCAAAAUUCAUUUUUUAAUCCUAUGGGAAACAAUUAUGAUAUUGACAAUUAUUCAGAUAAUGGUAGACCUUCAUCAAAUAUAGAUUAUGGUCGCCCAUCUUCAACCAUGGAUUAUAAUCGUCCACCUUCAACCAUGGAUUAUGGUCGUCCAUCUUCAAGACAAAGUUCAUCAGCAUCACAUCAAAGUUUAGUAUCUAGAAAUAAUUCUAUAUCACAAAAAAGAUCAAAUUCUCGACAAAGUAACACAGUGCAUAGUGGAGAAUAUUCUCAACCAUAUUUUGAAAAUAAUCCAAUAAAUGCAAGUAGUUCCAGUCAACAAAUGCUUUCAAAUACUUCUGAAGCUAUUGUAGAAGAAGAAAGAAAUAAUGCUGAUGGUUCAACUGUUUUAGUCAGACGAAAAAUUACUACUGUUGUUUCUGAUAAUGAUGCCUCCAAAGUUGAAUUUCAUAUAAGCCCUGCAGCAGAGACAAUUUUUCUACCUCCAAGAACAAGUCGAAAUAAUUCUUUUGAUUAUGUCAAAAUGUCUUCAGAUGAAGGAAGUACAAAUCAACUACCAUACAGGGAUAAUUUUAACAACGACAAAGAUGAUAGAAAUUACAUCAAAGAAGACACAAAUUAUGAUCGAGAUAAUAGAAGUGACAGAGAUGAUAGAAAUUAUGACGGAGAUAAUAGAAAUUACAACAGAAAUGAUAGAAAUUAUAACAUAGAUGACAGAAAUUAUGACAGAGGUAAUAGAAAUUAUGACAGAGAUAAUAGAAAUAACAAAAGAGAUGAUAGAAAUAAUGACAGAGAUGAUAGAAAUUAUGACAGAGAUAAUAUAAAUUAUGACAGGGAUGAUAGAAAUUAUGACAGAGAUGAUAGAAAUUAUGACAGAGAUGAUAGAAAUUAUGACAGAGAUGAUAGAAAUUAUGACAGAAAUAAGAGAAAUUCAUAUGGGAGUUCUGCAAGAGUCAAUGACAAAGUUUACUCAAAAGAAUUGAACAAUCAAGUCAAUGAAAAUCAAUCAAACAAUGAUAUUAGACAGAACAGUCAAAAUUAUUUUGAAAAGUCAGAAGCAGUUAAAAAUCAGGCAAAGUAUAGCAAUGCAGAAAACUAUUCAAGCAACUAUGCAGCCAAUGAAGAGUAUAGUUCUUUAAAAAAACAAAGUAUUGUUCAUGAUAGUGAAAUAAGAAGAUUUAGCUCCAAUAAUGAAAGUUUAUCUCAAAACUUAUAUUCAGAUAACAGAAAAUAUCUUAGUAAUACAAAUAUAAAUAUUAUUAACUCAAAUCAUGUAAACAAUGCUAAUAAUUAUGGAAGUUAUGCAAAUAAUAUUGGUUUUGGCAAUAACAAUAGUAACAUUCUUUCUAAUAGUGCUAGCAAUUCUAAUAUUAAUGCCAAUAAAGUUAAUUCAAGUAAUCAGCAGAUUUUUAAUCAUAUUGCUUCAAGUAACCAACAAAUUUUUAAUAACAAAGAGAACAUUCACAAUUCUAACUUAACAAUUAACAAUCAGUUUUCCCAUUCAAAUAGAGACUUCAAUCAAAUGGAGAAUUCAGCCAGAAUUAAUUAUCAUGAAACAAAAUAUAAUGAAGAAAGCAUUAAUCUCCUUGAUCUUCUCAAUUUUUUGAAGGCAAAUGACCAAAGUUUAAAAUCACAGGCUGCAGGAUAUUUGAUGCAUCUUUCUUACAAGGACGAAGAGAUCAAAAAAAGAAUACGUGAGCUUGAUAUUAUUCCUAUGUUAGUAAAACUACUUGCUGAUGACGAUGAAGAUUGCUACCGAAAUGCUGCUGGUGCUCUAAAGAACCUGUCAUAUGGUAGAUUUUUAGAUGAUAAUAAGUUAGCUAUUCAAAAUUGUGGAGGUGUUAUUGCCUGUUCUAAACUUUUGUACAAAACAUCGUCAAUUGAUGUAAGGGAGCAUAUAACAGGCAUUCUGUAUAAUAUUAGUUCUGUGAAGUCAAUCAGCAUUGAGAUUUUGAAAGAAUGUUUAGAAGUUGUUUCGAUGCUUGUCAUAAUACCUCUAUCUGGUUGGGAACGAGAAUAUGCAACUAUUGGAAAGAAACCAAGAAAUGUGAUAUGGUCUGUUUUACUUAGAAAUUCUACAGGUGUUUUGAGAAAUGUCUCAUCUGCUGGGCGAUCUGCUAGAGUUAAAAUUCGAUUAAUUGAUGGUUUAAUAGAUUCAUUGAUUUGGAUUCUCCGUGCUGCGAUUGAGCAAAAUAAACAGGAUCCAGAGAGUGAUAUUAUUAGCAAUAAAAUUACUGACAACAUCCAAACCAGUUAUAAGAAAGAUGCUAUAGAGGAACGAAAAUUGAAAUUUUUUAAAGUUGAUAUGGCAAUUGUUGAAAACAUUAUGUGUGUUUUGCGUAAUCUUUCAUAUAACAUUGAUAAGGAAGUUGAUCGCCUCAGAUAUUUAGAUGCAUUAAAGAUUUCUGUUAAAGAUGGUGAAAAUUUUUCUAAUAAUACUUUAUCUCGUGAUACAACAUUACCUUACGAUGCAACAUUACCUCGUGAUGCAACAUUAGAUAACACUCAAAUUCUUGAUAAAAAAGAGUCAAGUAUUACCAGCAAAGAAAACACAUCUGAGAAAGGUUUUUUGGGUAUGAAAAAAAAACCCUUUGGUGGUAAAGUUCAAGGAAAAAUUUCUGACUUAGCGAGAGAUGAAAAUCCUAAACCACCUCGUGAGAAGUGGAAUUAUCUUAUUCCUGUACAAGAAAAUCAGCCUGUCACAAAUGGUGUUCAGUUACUUUGGCAGCAAGAGACAGUUACAUACUAUAUAUUGAUCCUAAAGAGUAGUAUUAAUCCUGUAACGUUGGAAGCUGCUGCUGCAGCUAUUCACAAUUUAUGUGCUGGAGAUUGGAAUUGGUCUGCAUUGCUGAGGAUACAUGUAAGGUUGCAAAAGGGUCUUCCACCAAUUGGUGACCUUUUGACAGUUGAUCAAGAGUAUGUUGUUCGUGCUGUUGCUCAUGCAUUAAGAAAUUUAGCUAUAGAUUCUAGAAAUAAAUGGUCAAUAGGAAAAUAUAUCCAUAGAAAUCUUUUAUCAGUGCUUCCCCCUAUAACUGCUCUUCAAAGAGAUAUAAAACCAUCUGAGUAUACAAUUUGUGCUAUUUUGUCCACAUUACAAAUACUUGUAUGCAAUGAUCAAACAAAUUCAAGGUUUAUAAAAAAUGAAGGAGGCAUUGAAAAGUUAGUGGCUUUGACAAAAGAACCUGUAGAUGGAAUAAUGCCACAAGAGUGCCUUCGAGUGUAUUCAAAAAAAGUUAUACUGGAAGCCAACAGGGUUUUGCUAUACAUGUGGGAUUUCAAAGAUUGUCGUGAGUCGAUCAAACAACAACCUUGGUCUCACUCCAAAGCCGAAGAGGCUGAAAAAAAUUAUAAAAAUCUAGCUAAAGAUAUGGAUGAUAAAGAUAGAGAUGUUUAUGCUGAAAUGGAGUCUCAGGACUCAGUAAAAUUAGAGUCCGAUCCACGACGUUACCUAAUUUCCGUUGAUAACAACUACUCAAGUGUAGAAAAUGAAUCUUUGUACAAUGGAUCUCAAAAUUCUAAUAAACAACCAAUAGGUUAUGGUGAUGUGCCUUUUAAUGAAGUUGGUAUGCAAAAGCCUUUGCUUCACAGCAAAAUUUCCAGUAAAAAAUGGUACAAAAGAGCUGCUAAAAAUAAAAAAAAAUAAUUUUACAUGUUUUAUAUAUUUACAUAUUAUUAUAAUGUAAAUUAUAACAAUAGCGUUAAGCGUAAAUAUAGUAAGUGUUUUGUUUUUGAUAGUUUUUAAAAAUAAUAAAAUUUUAAUUAUAAUAUUUGUAUUUGUUUAUGACAUCAAACAUGGUUUUAACAAAAACGCUGACCAUCUGUUUCAACUUUUAUUAGUUAC